AUGCUACCCGAGUCAACGCUAUCGGUGCUGCUUCUGCUCCUAGUGGGAAGCGCCACAGUAGCUGGGGCAAAGGAGGCAGGAGUGGUGGAGGUGGCGGCGGGUGGUGGCGGUGGUGGGGGCGACGGGGGUGGCUGUGGUGGCGGAGGUGGCGGUGCGAGUGGUGGCGGAGGUGGUGGUGCGAGUGGUGGCGGGGGUGGGGGCGUCGGUGGCGGCGGCAGCGGUAGUACUGGAAGUGGAGGCAGUGGAGGCGGCGGUAGUGGGGGCGGUGGAGGUGGCGGCGGCAGCGGUGGUGGUGGCGGCAGCUGGAGCGGUGGCGGCAGCUGGAGCGUUGGCGGCAGGAGUAGUGGCGGUCGGGGUGGAGCCUUCCAGAGGGGAGGCUCUAGUGGUGGCCAGAGGCAGCAGCAGCAGCAGCAGCAGCAGUUCGCGCGAGACCCUUACGCCCUAGCAGCUUCAUGA